UGAAGGAUCCGGAUUCUGCUGCGCCAUGAGCUCACACGGACUGAUCCGGGCCAAGCUGGGGUUAUACCCGGGCUGUGGAGCUGGACUUGGACCGGGUCAGACCUGCGCUGUCCCGGGUCUGGUCCCUGAUCGGAUCAGGGUCAGUGAACGUCUACAGGCUGCCGUAGCUGCUCUGACGGAGCUCAACCUGCUCAAAGAGAGGUACAGGGACAUGGUGAACCGGGCUCUGAGGGACCAGGACCACCAGGGACCUGCAGACCGAGGGGCGACAGGGAGGACCGAGACCGAGGAUCGUCUGGAGGAGACACUAAGCUCUCUAAAACAACAAUUGUGUCAUAUGCGCAGACAGGACAUCGGUCUGCAGUCUCACCUGCAGCAGCUUGGCGUCCAGAUUAGCGAGCUCCGUGUAGACGUCAGGAGGGCAUCGGAGGAGAAACAGGAGGCUGACAGCCGACCCAGCUCAGGUUUCUUCGACCUUAGUGAUUCGUUGUCCACCUCAUCCACAUCAGUUUACAGUGAGUCCCUGACCUCCUCUCAGUCCAGCUUGCUCCGCCCCCUCAGCCCUCCACUCCAGUCUGAAUUACACCGGCGGCGCUCCGCUGACGAAACCUCUACCAAGCCCCGCCCACCCCGGGCCUCAGGGGUUCACCUGGGCAGCAGCCGGAUCAGAGCCAGUCCUGCAUACCCUGUCCGACAGAGGCCUGUGUCCACAGGGGAUUUGGACUGGAUCCUUGCUCAGGGUCUCAGCACUGUGGACCCUAAGUUCCAGACUGAUCUGGUCUCCAACAGCGGCUCUGAGGUCUACCGGUACCCAAGUCCACUACAUGCCGUUGCCUUGCAAAGCCCGGUCUUUUUCCAGGGGGGUGGCACCAUCCCUUCUGGACCACAAGAAGGCCUUGGACCUCCAAGGUUCAGUCCUGACCCCCUCCAUAGGGAACAACCUGGACCUGAGACCAGGACUCUUGGUCACAUGGACAAACUCCCCCAGAGCACCAGAAUCCAGACCAAACCAGAGACCCUGAGGGACAAAAUGGCCGCUGAGCGUCUGACUACAGGUCAUGGAGCCUCUCUUACUGGUCCAGCACAGUCCACAAACCUGGUCCGAACUCAGAGGAGAGCCUGCAUGAUGAAUGCCAGACCAAAGCUUCAAGCCCACCUGUCCCAGAGCUCUACCUGGUGCCAGAGCACUCCUGCAGUCCAGGAGUCCAUUUCUGAUGAGGUCCCGUCUUCAUCACUGCGGAGGACCAAAGAAGGACAACAUGGACCGGUUCAGAGGCUAGAGAAACAUGAAGAGCCCAGGACCCUGGAGCCAGGCCAAAGACUAAGACCUGGACUAAAUUGUAGAUUAGAGACCUCCUCAGCACCGGCCCAGUUUGUCCUGGCUCACUUCGUCCCUGCUGGAUCUCAAAGGGUCCGAGUCAGGCCGGGAGAUCGUAAGACUAAACCCCUGAGACUCAAAAAACCCAGAGGACCCAGGACUAGAGAGACUCGGUCGAAGGGGGACCACAGGAGACUGGGAAGAGGGACCCAGAAAACCUCUGAGGAGCUCAGACCAAAAUCUGGAUCAGACUCCAGUUCCUGUAGUCCUGGACUCCACAAGAUCCACAUGAAACCACCUCUUGUCCAUGCUGCUCCACAGUCCAGAAGAGUCUACAGAUCCCAGAGUCCAGACUGCUGUGAGAACCAGAUACAGACCUCCUGGAUGUCCAGAGAGUCUCAAGUUUCAAUGCUCUGCAGUGCCAGACCGGGUCAGACUGGACUUCAAGGGUCCUUCAGGUCUUCUGGGUCCUCUGCCCUCCCAAGUCUGGACUCAAGGUAUCCCCCUGGCCCGAUCUACAGGUCCAGCCUGAACUGGCCUCACUGUGAGUCUGAGUACUCAGGGGACUGUGGGUCCCUGAUUCAGUCCACCAUCUAUGACAACACCUCCAACCACUAUGGGGACCAGGAGACCAGCUGCAGGUCUGAGUCAGAGUCUGACAGCAGCCUGUCCUUGGACCAGGACCAUGAGGACCAGGACCACAGCGGUCUGAUCUGGACCGUGCCUCGCCAUGAAGCGUUCUCCUGUCGCAUCAAAGCGUCACGAGCCUUAAAGAAGAAGAUCCGACGCUUCCAGCCCGCCUCCCUCAAGAUCAUGACCCUGGUCUAGAUCAGUCUGAGCAACUAAUCCCCGAAUAUUGACAACUUUGUUGGACAGCUUCAGUGUGUGAACAUCCUGGUAAUGUUUGAUCACAAAAUCAACUAAUCAGCAAACACGGAUGAAUUUUUUGGACAAUUUCACAGUGUUAACAACCUGAUCAUUUUUGGUUAUGAAAUCAAUAAAUAUUCCACAACAUUAACGACUUUGUUGGACAAUUUUACAGUGUGAGCAUCCUGAAAAUGUUUGGUUGUAAAAUCAAUAAAUCGGCAAACAUUGACAACUUUUUUGGACAGUUUAACAGUGUGAUUAACCUUGUCAUGUUUGGUAAAAAAAAAAAAAAAACAUAGAUCACCAAAUAUUCACAAUGUUUUUGUUCAGUUUAUGUUUUAGCACCCCAGAAAUGUUUUGUUAUAAAAAUCCAUAAAUCACCAAAAACUGACGAUGUUUUUGUUGAAUGUAUAAGUGUUAGCAUCCUAGAGAUAUUUUGUUAUAAAAAUCUGUAAAACCCCAAACAUUGACAACUUUUUUGGACAAUUUUACAAGCUGAUUAUUAUGGUUAUGUCUGGUCAUAAUAAUCAAUAAAAUCCCCAAACAUUGACAACUUUGUUGGACAUUUUUUAAGUGUGAGCAUUUUGGUGAUGUUUGGUUAAAAAAAAAAAAAAUCCAUAUAUCACCAAACAUUGACAACUUUUUUGUACAGUUUUACAGUUUGAGCAUCCUGGUAAUAUUUUGUCAUUAAAAAAUCCAUUAACCAGCAAACAUUGGCAACUUUGUUGGACAAAUGAAGGGGGUGUUGCAGGAUUUUGGCAGGGAACGGGAUGUAAAUUGCACAAACGUUGGCAAUGACAAACAGUAUGAAGGUGAAGAGGAGCGUGUGAUUCAUUAACACAGACUCAUUCUAGACAUCGAUGUUUUUAACCUCAGUGAUUAUUGUCCUUUAACACCAGAACCGUUGUUCAUGUUCAUUUAACCUCACUGUACUGUAGACUUGAUGGGAUUAAGAUCAGAACCUGUAUCUGCUUAAAUGAGGAUGUUCUUUAAUCCUGUCUAACUUUAUAUAAAUAAAAUGUAAACUCUGUUGGUCCUUGACAUCUCCUAAAAUUCUGCUGUGAAUCUCCUGGUGUUUCUAAAACCUUUUUAAAUGAAUGCUGAUUUUAUAAAUGUUCAGUUACUACAGAAACAGCCAUGCAGGUUAUAUUUACCUCAUGAGAAAACCUUUUUUUAGAUUUAUUUUCUUUAAUUCAGUUGUAUUUAUUUAAAUUUUUAUCAAUAAUCUAAGAUGAUUUUAGAUGACUGAUCAUGAUCAUUAUCAGUGAUCCUGUUCUCUCUGUGUCCACGGUUAAUCAACAUCUGAUCAGAGUUAUUGAUGAUAAUUGGGGGACUGUGGGUCCCUGAUUCAGUCCACCAUCUAUGACAACACCUCCAACCACUAUGGGGACCAGGAGACCAGCUGCAGGUCUGAGUCACAGAGUUAUUGAUGAUAAUCAAUAACUCUCUAAUAACAGGUGAAUUUACCUGCUGGCUGUUUGAGGUGGAUAGACAUCCCUGGAGGUUUUAGUCUGAAACUUUUUAAAAUUAUAACCCUACAUGUAAAUGUUAAUGUUGUAAAUAAAGUUAUUUUAAUUCA